AUGAUCCACGGGCCGUGUGGCACGCUAAACCCAAACAGCCCAUGUAUGGUGGACAACAGUUGUUCGAAAAAGUUUCCAAAAGAAUUCAGCGAAGAGACUGUAUACAUUUCUGACGGCGGUUACCCGAAGUACCGCCGGCCAAACAACGGACCUGUGGCCAGGGUCAGAAAUCAAGAGGUCAGCAACGAGUUUGUCGUGCCUUACAAUCCGUACCUGUUAGCAAAAUAUGAUGCACACAUUAACGUAGAGGUAUGCUCUACUGUGAAGAGUGUUCAGUAUUUGUAUAAAUACUUCUAUAAAGGGCAUGAUGCUGCGACCAUGCAAGUAUGGGACGGAAAUGAAAUAGACAGUUUCAUAAAUUCGAGGUACGUUAGCCCACCAGAAGCCAUCUGGAGGUUGUUUGCGUAUAAACUACACGACAUCAGCCACACGGUAGUUAGACUUCCGGCGCACCUAGAAAACUACCACAACGUGUACUUUGCGCGUGGACAAGAACUACAGGGGGGUACAAAACCACGCCCUACAUUACACAAAACUCACGGCGUUCUUCGUGCUCAACAAGAGAAACGUUGA